CACAGGCCUCACUUAUAAGUAGCGAUGGGUAGUCGGUUCGGGUGCCCCAUGAAGGAUUAUAGUGUGUUUGUUAUCAAACUGUACACCAAUUAAAGUCCAUUUCUCUGCAUCUUCCCGUUUAGCCAUUUGCAAGAAGGACAAUUAUGAACCUUUGACUUGCUCUACGAUGUGAUUGUGGCAAAAAUGUAGCUCCAAAAGGAAGGUUACCUCAGUGUCAGUGUUUGUAUAGGAUUCGUACAAUAGUCGGUAUGUUUUCAAAGACAACAUGAAUGGUUUAUUUUUUAAUCAUGAAUAUUCAAACGUUGAACCAUUCAACUAAACAUUUCUAACAAUGUAACUUCUUUUAGCACACAAUUCCAAUUUUUGACCAGGCAUAAGUUAAAUAACACUUUGCGCGAAUCCCCUGCAUAUUUUGCGAAAUAGAUUAAGUUCAAAUUAGCAUGAAUGCAGGAUUGCAGAGGUGCAUUUGAUUUCGCGCAAAAAUAAAUGUCAACCUACUAAACUACUAAACUCAGGAAAUUGAACGCUGACUCUAUACGACUGAAUGCACCCUCGUUGAAAGAAAGUUUUUAUUUGUUAAGUAGAGGCGGGGAUUUGAAUGCUUGUUCCAUUUCGCUCAAAAACGAAUGCUGCCAUUGCUAAUUCAUUUACACAUUUUCCGAAAUUGGCCGGGAAAACCUAUACUUACCGUUGCUUUGUCACCAAAAAGCACACACCAAAAAGGGAGAAUUAUUCGGUGCCUGCUAACUACUCUCCUCUGUACUAAGAAUAAUCAAACCUGUCUGAAUCCCCUGAGAUAAUUGUCCAAGAUCAAGGUCUGUGUCCCUCGACUCUGUCAAAAAUGACUAUGGGAAACGCCCCAUUAUACUCACUGCUCUCCUGUAGCAAACACUUAUCCGCAAAGGAAGCGAAUAGCCAGUAUACUUGGAUCAGCUAUGACGGCAUUACCCGAAAGAUGAUAAAUCACAGUCUCAUCGACCAUCGAUGGCUGUCUUCGGUACAAAACUGACGCAAAAGUCGUGUAGGGAACUCGAUGCCACCGACCAUCGCCUGAUCAUUGCUUACAUCCAGCGUAAAAGCUGAUGGGUACCGGUAGCCACUCAGCUGAGACUUACGUGACAUGUGACAGCAGUGCAUGUAACAAAGGGCCCCCAAACCCAAGUUGCAUUCGCAAUGGAAGUCUUUAACAGAUUCUCAGCUCUCUUGCCCAAUCAAGAUGAACAUGCUCAGUAGGACACAUUCCAACAGGACGUCUCCAGGCGGCUACAGAAUGUGUUCCACCGCCGAAGGAAACUGCAAAAACCCGGCAUCUCGAUAUCUCGUUUACCCUCAAUCUAAUAGAGGAGCGCAGGAUCGAAGCUCGUUUAACGAGAAAUCACGCGAAAAGCCUCAGUUUCCUGCGCCAAAGAAAGAAGGUUCUUGGACGGGACGAAGAGGAAUUUUGGAAGAAGGAGCUGGACAGUGCUGGUGCUCCAACUAAUCAUCAUGAUCAUUGGCCCAAGUUCAGGGAGCUUUGCACCCAUAGUACAGCUACCUCAAUCGCAAAUACUUUAUCUGCCUUGAGAAGGACAAGGAUGGCAAGGUGCUUAAUGCUUGAAUGCCUGCCCGGGAGCAACAGCAGCGCCUUUCUAACCUUCUCAACGAGCCUCUGAUUCCUGCAGACCGAGGCAGAACAUGCACCCAUCACCAUCUGGCUGUGCGACAGAUACCGUGAACCUUCUUGAGAUCCAGAGAGCUCUUACCAGCAUCAAUGAAGAGCGGCAGGGCAGCGGGGAUCUGCAAUAUCAUUGCCGAAAUGCUCAAGGCUGGUGCCAAGUGUAUGCUAGAGUGACUACAGUUUAUCAUUAACACUGAUUUAGAGUCUGACCCGAUCCUAAAUGAUCGGUGGCAAGGAAUCAUCCUGACCUUUUGAAAGCAAUUAACUUAGGCCCUCGUAUAGCGUGCAACGGAACUGUGCAGGAAGACGUCUCCGCACGGAUCGGGAAUGCGGCUGUUGGUGCCCUGAGGAAGCUCUGACACAGUUUGGAGGAGAAUCCCGAGGAAGACCACAUGUGUAAUGCCCUAUAGCGUUAUUCGUACUUCACUACGGAGCUGAGACAUAGUCUUUUAUUUCUGACUAACCCUUCGCCCUGAUGUGUUUGAUAUGAAUGGAUUUAGCUGCCUGGAACAUGUUCAGUGGUCAGACUGUGCACGUGAUGACACUAUCGGCCUUCGUACAAUUUUAUUCCGCUGCAGCAUCAUCCUUGACCAUGCAGCGUUGGCUCCGAUGGUUCGUCCACCUGCAGUACUACACCUCUGCCCCACCCAGGCUCCCUCUUUACAACCCCUCUACUAUUGACUGGAGUUGCCAACGGGAUAACCUCAGAGUACAGGUUGUGCGACAGCAUUGCCCAUGACUUUCAGUUCGACAUCAAGCAACAAACCUAGGGCAAGUCCACCCCUGAUGGCGGCACCUGGUGAAAAGUGGGACCUCUAUGCCAGACAAACUAGCAUGAGCUACGUGACAUCACUAUGGCCUACUAGCACACCGCAAAUUCAACUUUGGGCUAUUUGACGCGAUGAAGAAGUACACGGAGCGAGUAAUGAAACAAAACGAAGAGACAAACCACAAGAAAGCCACACAUCCAGGGCACCGAAAAGAGCACACCUUAAGUCAAAACGGUUUCAUGAAACCUGCUCGAUUUUGUUGGGAAAUAAUCACCGGUCAGGAUGAAAUUUGACGAGGUGUUGGAGAUUCUAGGCGGGUUCGGAAGGUACCAGUGGUACGCCUUUUUCUUCCUGAAUCUCGUCAACUACUUGGGGGCGUUCACCACCCUGCAGCACGCCUUCUACGCCGGCGAGAGCGACCACUGGUGCAAGACGUUCAGCCCUAACUGCACCGCGUUUGGGCUGAACACGCCGGAGGAGUGCACAGAGGCCGUGAAGCGAGUCAGCAUUCCGCCCGCCGAAAACUACCCAGAGAAAGACCCGUACUACUAUGACAACUGCCGCCAGUGGGGCCUGCCCGAGGGGCUAAAAUUCAACCCUUACAUCAACCACACCGACUACAAUGCCUCCAAAGUGGCGUGCAAGAAUGGAUGGGAGUUCAACACGAGUCAGUAUGAGACGACCAUCAUCAUGGACUGGAACCUUGUCUGUGAGGACGGAGGUGCGACAAACAUCAUGACGUCGGUCUAUUUCGGCGGCUUCAUGGCGGGCUCUUUCAUUUUUGGCGUCAUCUCCGAUUGGUGGGGGCGUAAAAAAGCGCUGGCUCUGGCAAUGGUGUUGUGGUUUCUAGGUGCUCUGGCCACGCCCUUCACAAGCGCCACCUGGCAGUACUACAUUGUGCGAUUUCUCACUGGAACGGGACAGCUGGGUCGUUGGAUCCCUGCAUACGUUCUGGUGAAUGAGUUUGUAUCAGCAAAAUGGCGCAUUGUGGCCGGGAUAUUUAUUGGAACGACGUAUUCAUUGGGCUAUAUGACUGUCGCCCUCGUUGCCAUGGCAAUACGGAAAUGGCGAGUACUGGCGUUCAUACCCAUCAUUCCGCUUUUCCUCAGCUUGUUCUUUGUGAUAGGUCUGUCCGAGUCCGUGCGAUGGCUCUUGUCCAAGGGCCGAGUGCAGGAGGCGGAGGAGGUCAUCAGGAAGGUGGGCAAGUGGAACAAAAAGACCCUGCCGGAGAAGAUCUUUGACGAGAAGGAGAUCGAAAGCUACAAGCAAUCCUCUAAAGGACACGUGCCCUCGUUCAUUGAUCUGUACCGAACUCCCAACCUGUGUUUCAGGACCAUCAUCUUGCAGUUCAACUGGAUGACGAAUAGCAUGGUGUACUACGGUCUGGCCUUCAGCGCGCAGUCCUUGGGCUUCGACCAGUACUGGACCUUCUUCCUCUUCGGGGCGGUCGAGAUCCCCGCCCUGAUCUACGCCACCGUCGGCGUACGCUUCUUCGGCUGUAAGAUCAACAUGGUCAUCUUGGAGCUAAUAGGGGGCGCUGCCUGCCUAGCCACUAUCUUUAUAGAAGAUGCAAUUGCAAGAACGGUAGUAGCCAUGGUGGGUAAAUUCUGCAUAACGGCCACAUUUUACAUCGUCUACCUGUGGACAGGUGAGCUCUGCCCUACACCAGUCCGGAGCGUUGCGCUUGGGCUAUGCUCCAUGACCGCCCGGGUGGGCAGCAUCGUUGCCCCGCUCAUCCUGAACUUGGCCAAGGACGAGAACAUCACCGACGACCUGCACCUGAUCGUCUUCGGUGCGGCAGCGGUGAUAGCGGGAAUAUUACUCGCCCCGCUGCCUGAAACCAAAGGCAGGAAGCUCCCGGAGACCAUGCGAGAUGGGGAGGAGCUUGGCAAGUUUAACUUCAUGAAGAAAUGGACAUGGGGUCGCAACCGCUAUCGUGACACUGACUCGUCAGUCGAGGAGGUAGACAUGGACGUAUAUCGGCAAGACGUCCUUAACCCUGCCUUUGUGCCUGACGCCGAUGACUACGCUUACACUGCCCGACCUCCCCCACCUUACGAGGCGGUGAACGAGAAAGGCUGCCAAAUCUCGAAGAAACCAAGGCAGAAGAAGAAGAAAGCAAAGGAGGAGAACGGCCCCGUGCCCGGGCCAGGGAUGCAGGGCAACGCCGCUGUGGAAGGAUCGUCACCAGAUACACCGGGCAAAGUCGAGGAUUUGGUAGAGGGUCAAAGAGGAAUCAACAAAGGAUCACUGCCCGAGGUCGAAACCGCGCCGGUCGUGGGUGACAGACCUUGUGCAGAAGAGGGUGAUAGAGGGGAUGGGACUGAUCGUGGCGGUGGUGAUAGGGCCAGCAAAAGUCGUGGUGAUAACGCCGAGGAAGAUGUUGAUGACAAAGCUCGUGAGAGUGGGGGUCAUGUUGCUGAGAGCAAUAAGUAUGAUGAUAGGGUUAGUAGCGAUGGAGAGAAUACUUCAAGUGGUGCUGAUGAGGCUAGUGACGAAAUGAAUCAAACUGGAGGAAGUAAAGAUUACUUAGAGAGUGAUGAAAAGGUAAACGACAGUGGCGAUAGUGGCAGUGGUUACGGUGGUGAGUGGGGUGAUGAUGGUGGGGGUGAUAAAGCCUCUGACGAAGGUAAUCAAGCUGGUGAUAAGGAGAAUAAUGUUAGUGGUAAGAGUGGCAGUAUUCAUGAUGCUGGAGACGGGAAUGAUGAUAGAGGAAGCGAAAAUCUCUCUGACGGUAACGACAAGGUAGGCAGUGGUGAUAUAGACAGUGGUGAGAAAGAUGAUGGUGGUGGCGGCAAGGCAAGUGGCUCAGGUGGAGAUUCAAGCGAUACUGGAAGAGGAAGCGGCAAAGAUGAGUAGAAGUAGAUAAUUUUGGAGAUGUUAUUGGUGAGAUUAAACCAAUACAUAGUGAGAAAAUUAUACAUUUUUCAUCAAACCAUAAAACAGUAGGCAAAGAUUUCUUAAAUCAAGCAAACGAAACGGUGCUGCCAAGGCUGGACCCCAUAUUUCCCUUCUUUUCAUUAUCUUUGAAGUUUUUGCUCUUUUGGGUCGCCAAGUUUGAUGUUUAAAUUGUCUCGGAUAUGGAGUACAUGGUGAGAGUGGUGUACUGUGGUGAGUUGGUGGAUGGUGAGAUAUUAAAGAGUUUAUUCGUUGAGGUGGCAGCUACUUGACGGAGUACAGGCGAAAUAGUCCUUUAUAGGGAUGCGUGAUCUCAAUAAUUGUCGGGAAAAAGGCUUAAUAUUUUAUGUAGUAUGUCAUUGCGUUAUUGUUAGUUGGAGCAGGCUUUAACAUUUAAUUUCAACUAACAAAGAAAAGAGCAAUGAAAAUUUAAAAAACAUUACGAGGUAUAAACAGCGUCACACUGAAUAAGUACCUUCGGGCCGUGACUUGCUGGCACGCAAUAUUUUUAAUUAAGGAAGAAUCUAAUUAACCAUUGACUGUUAUUUAUCCUUUUCGGUUUGUUAUGUGAAAGUAAGUCACCAUUCGUUUAAAUGAGGCUCAAGGCCUCCAAAAUAUGAAUUGGUUCUAAUUCUGCAUGUUAGAAAUAGUUCUCGUUUCAUUAACCUAUUAGACAAAUUACAUGGUUAUUUGCAAAUGAACGAGAGGUGGUUACUAUUGAAGUUUACAUUUGGCAGAAAAAGUUUGAAAAUUUCUUGUAAAUACAGCUAUUACUAUGCCCCCUUAGACUCUGACACAGAAGCCGUCUCAAAGGGAAUGAUAUUCACAUAUAAGCAAACUCUAGGUAGCGAGCAAACACCAGUAAAAUGGCUUUCACACGGGAUGUUAUUGCUAAAAACGCCCUCUCUUGUUCACGCUUGGAGUCCAAAGAGGUUUAUGGUAUGUAUGAGUGUAUCUGUAUGAACUUGGAUAUCUCUACAUUUUUUAUGGAAUUAAAAUGAAUUGAUAUUAACACUUCAAUAUUGUUGACUUUGAAUGAGACAUGAAAAGACAUCAGUUCUGCUGAUCAAGAGGGGUUUCUAUUUUGUGUCAGUCCAGGCCAUCUGCUAUUAAGAAGACAUUGAAGCUUCUUUACUCAGGUGUUUAGUAUAGGUUUCACGAAUGACGGAUUACUUGAGUUCCAAUCAUAAAAUAUGUAAAAAAUAUAUUUAUAUCACGGCCACACAAUACAUGUAAUGCACAAUUAACGCACAAAAUAAAAUAUUUCAUGAUGAUAUUUAAUCGAGAGU